CCUUACUGCAAAUGCACAGAGACCUGACAAAGAAGAGACUGUUCAGAAUUAUGUCAGCUGAUACAACCGCACUAAUCAGGUGAACUAGUUGACCUAAGUAUAUAAAAACCAAUACUUAAAUUCUUGUGAUUCUAAAACCUAAAAUAUCAUUGUAAAUUGGAUAAGGGUUAUUUUGUGUGAAAUAAAAGCAUGUAUCAGAAAAAAAUUGUAACUAGCAUGUGCCAGUUUCAGCUAAUUUGAGCUCCUAAGUGAGACUUUGAAAACAAAAGUUAUCUCCUAGUGACAUAAGUAAAGGUUUCUUCAAGAAGAGGAUUCAACCACAAGAAUACAUGUAUAUGUAUGAUAAAAACUUAUUUUUUGGAGAAAAAUGUUAAUGGAAUAACAAAAGGAGAGAAAAGAAAAAUUUAACCCUUGCACUAAAGUUUACUCAUCUGCAUAAGUAAAACCAGUAAAAACCAUGUCCUCCUCCAGCUGGUUGGGCUCUGGAAAGUGGGCAUGUAUGCAGUUCACAGCACAAGAAGGCAAAGGGAUGCAGAUAUUUUUGCCCAGAGUACCCCAACACCACCUGACUAGUUGCCUGUAAGCAAUGUGGCGGUUUUUCUUAUGCUCAGGCCCCUCAUAUGCAGAAGAGCCAUACUGCUGCUUGUAUUGUAGCCAAGCUGUCUGCAGAACCCAGAUAUUGAGGCAAACUGCCUCAAACCCUGGAUGCUGCACAAUACAUCUGGGUUCUGCCUACAACUGUUCCUUCAUGACAUCCACCAAAAUUUUAUUCCUAACUGCAUCUACUUCUUGGCUACAGAUGCUCUCUUCCUCCCUUUCCAUCGCUUGGCAGUUUCCACACUGACACCUUGUAAUAAAUAAUCAGUAAAGUAACGAACUUUUUCACGAUGUUGAAUAGGAGAAAUAGAGAGCACAAUUUGUUUGAUUAUUUUCACCAAAAGGGACAGUUGUAAGCCCUGUUACUAUCACAAACGUGAAAGACAACUCAAACUUUAGGCUAUAAACAAGGUGCAAAGACCAUGAGUCAACAAUAAGUUAUUAUGAGGACUUUGUUCAAUUCAAAUGCUAUUUUUCGCUGCAUCGUGUUUUAAAGUAAAAGCCUAGAAAUCUAUAGUCGUUCGCCAAAUUCAACACAGGAAAACUUAAAACCGAUUCAAUCUCGUGGAAACGUGUAUAAUCCAUCCAAUUCACCUCCACAAGCGUGUUAUUUUCAGUCUGUGAAACCUAAGCUUCGGAAGGUGCCUGCGUGUAGCAUAAAUCACGUCGCUUCCAAGCUACUCAAGAGUCUGCACAUUUGGUUUUUAUUUACCUGAUCGCUUCUAUAUUUAAUAAGCGACUGAUUUUCAGACACUAUAUUUAAAAACGUAUCGUACUCACCACUCGUCGCUUUCCUGAUUGAGGCGGCCGCGGCGCACGGGCUCUUGAUUCUCUUCCAACUCUCACACUGUAUUCUCGGUUCGUCCUGGCGGUUCAAAUCGCCAGGGACCAAUUUCACCAAUAGGUUCAUAAAUUAUUUCAUUAUCUUCACCCUCUAUAAAGGCCUAAAAAUCGGAAUAAUCGGACCCAGAAGUAGAACUGCUUUCAGUUAAGCUACUGUCCGCCACAUUUACUUUGCUUAGUGUGCACACGUGUGACGUACAGGUCACAUGAUCAAAAUUGAAGCAUUUAUGGCGGAUGACUCACGAAGCUGCAUUUAGGACAGUUUUCCCGGCGAAAAAAGGCACAAAGAGGCAUUCGAAGCACCUUAUUUCUGUUUCCAUGUGUUACCUGAGGCAUUUAGACGGUAUUCCGAAAAAGUGACCUUCUAGCCGUCAGUUACCCUUUAAUUUUAGGUAGCGACAAUUUUUCCAACGGAACAAGAACAACAAGGUCCUAUAAUGAAAAUGUAACAAAUGGCUUUGUAAUGUAAUCUAAAAAAGCUUUUGAGGGAGAGAUAAAACAAAUAUAAGUAAAAGAUAACGUAGUAUUCUCCAAAGUUGACAUGUUUGAAUAGGUGAAGAAUGAGAUAGCCGAAGAACUCUGCCGUUUUGGAAAAGAGAGUAAGAAAUUACAGUCAAUUAAAGAGAUGAAUAUUGUCUGAUAAAGUGGUGCAAGAGGAACAAAAAUUGGCCAAUUGUAAUUUUAGCAAGGCGGAUUUCUACUCAAUUACCGUACCCAGUUACUGAGUGCUUUGAUAUUCCUGUAAAGGCCAACGCCGUGCGGCGAAGUCGUAUCUUGCGUGACAAAUAUUGAAUGUCGCACAAUCAGUCAUAAUUUAUGCGGCUUUACAAUUUGUCGCAUUCAAAAGAGCCUGGGCUCGAGAACAGGUUUUUGAUACAGUGUACGAGACCGUCUUCGGAAAAUCUUCAGAAGAACUAUAAAUUCAACCAUGGGCGCUUAUGCUCUGCUUGUGAUUUAUCUCUUGCAACAUACUUCGCACGCUGACGGUGAGGAAUCUUUUGUUUUUAUUUCUGUACUAGUAAAUUAGUCAGCAAUUUUAUUUAGUGAUAUGGCACAUGGCUUGAUUUUGUACAUUUUGAUUUUCGUACAUGAAAAAUAAAGCUAACUAAGGCGCGCUUCAAACGUCGGAAGAUGUAAAGUUGAAUCAAUUAAGUUCGACAUAUUUGUAUUUGGGUCGACCUGCCGUUCAAUUCGACCGAGCAUGUCGAGUAGAUCAGCAAAAGAUCGACUUCAUUUCAUACGUCAAAUAACAUUUUCUUUCGCGGCCAAGGAGCCAUACUGGACAUAUAACCGCGCAAACGAGAACGAGGCUGGGGUUGACUCGUGUGGUAUCUUUAUGAGCGAUUUUGGUGAAAUUCGCUCGUGAGUAGUAAAAUUGUUCUAUUUUUAUGGAAAAUGGAUGGUCCUAGCCGAAAUCUCGGCAAAGCUAAUUUUUCUUCUAAAGAUAAAGGAAAGCAGUGUACCGCUUUCGGUUGUUCAAUUACAUUUUAUGGCCCUGAAUGGUUUGCCUACGAGCUUUCACUUCUUCAAGUUAAUACAGGCAGGCAAGUAUUUUUGCUAAGUAUUUAUCGAUUUAUACUUAUUUUAUUCCCUGUGAAUCGUGAAUGAGGGUAGCUAUUGUUGAAAAAUUAGUAUAAAUUAUCUGUUAAGUACCUGAAUAGCUUUAAGUUCAAUAGAGUUUUUUAAUUCCGGUUGUAAGUCGAUGAGUUCAAUACUGCUCGCCUGUUUACUUCAUGGCUUGCCAAAAACACUGCUAGCAGGGUAACUCUUGGAAAGUUAUUGCUUUUACUAAAAUAACCAAGACACUGUAUCUUCAGAGUUGUCACUUAUUAUGGCAGACCCAGAAAACUGACAUAAAUUUGGUAGCAAUUGUGACAAGAGAAGGUUUUGUAGUAGUGGUUGUUAGUUUUUUUUAAUGAUAGCAUAAUAAUCCACUAAGGAUGCCAGGUGGAACUCUCAAAAAAUAUUUCGUGUGCUUUGUGUAUUAAUCAAUUUGAUGCUUCAAAUUGAAAAAAAGACAGUGAGUUUCACUAACAAAAAGAGAUCUCAACACAGAGAUGAACAACAACACUAAGUUUUUAAAUUGUCACAAAAAUGUCUGCAUAAUAAAUAGUUUAGUAGACAGACAGAAACUUAAAUGUGUUAAAAGGACUGGCAUUGAAGAUCAAGAUAACUUCUACCUGAUAAGUUUCAGUAUUCUCACUAUCUGUUUGCUGGAUAGUGUUUGGAUAUUAUAGGGAGAAGUUACAUGAUUCAGUCACUGUUGGGAGUUUUAGAUUGUCUGAUAUUUUGGUCUGAUUCUUUCAUUGCCAUCUUGCCACCUAAUAAAUUACUUAGAGUUGCGAACUGAAAUGGUUUCCAAUGUUUCACAAGCAUAAUUUGUCCUGGGCCAGAUGGGUAGGAAAAUAUCAAGACAUCUGUUAGUUUCAUGUGCUGAAUCUAAUGCAAACAUUUUUGCCCAGAGUUCUUCACAUUUCAUAUAUUUGUCAUGCGCUCCUACAAUCUGUUUUGCAACAAAAUGGUGGAAGGAGCACAAAGUGUGUGUUCUCUUGCUUCGAGAGCACAAACUAUACAUGCCUGAGGAGCAUGAACUACCUCUAUAUGUGGUAUACCAUUUUUGAAAAUGAUGAGAAUGUUAUGGGGUGGAAAGCAGGCAGUUCGGUGGCAAGAAAAAGCAUUUUUGCAAACAUUUUCCCACCAGCCAGUGUAUCUUUUAGCAGAUGACAAGUACAAACUGGAAAAAGAAUAGUGAUGUUCCUUUGGGAAAUGAGCAAUAAUAGAAGGCAAGCCAAAUUCAAAAUUCAUCUCCUCCUGGUAGUGUGGUUGUUUAAUGCUAACCACAUCUUUAAUUGCCCUCUUCUACCCUCCUUCAUUGCACUUGCAAGAAAAAUGAGCUCUUUGUUUCCACAAUUUGUCUUUCCUACUUUUUUUUUCCAGUUUGGUUAUCAAUAACUGCUGACUGCAAUAUUCAUGUUCACUCUCCCAAUUAAGUUCAACUUAAUUAGGUUCAACAAUUGAAUCAACUGUCAAACUUAAUUAUUUGGGUUGAUGCAAAUCCGUGUGAGGUUCAGCACAUGUAAAGUUUGAUGUUGGAUUGUUUGAUCUUGUAUGUUAAAAAUCAAGCUAACUUAGUACAUUAAAGGAGAUAUUUAUGCUUUCUGAUUGUAGGGGAAGGUGUAAGGAAUGAUGAUGGUAGCUAUACCUUUCCACCUGAAACCAUCCAGGUGACAAAAGACCAGCACAAAGUAACAGCCAAGAGCAUAAUGUUACUCCCAAGUACCACCACUUCAGUGGAUGAAGCCGAGCUCUCGGUCUUCUCCAAAUUGAAUGCAACAGAUAUUGGUGGCAGUCUUGUUUCUCUUCGACCCAAUUCUUCUGGAGUAUUUGAGGCUAGAGUGAACCCAAUGGUGGUUCAAGAUUUCAAAUUGGAGGAGGCUGUUAUCUUUAUGACUAGCCUGGUAAAUGAUACCUCUACUGGCCUGGUGCAAGUCUCUAUGGUAUUCUGUCUUGGCCUCUCAAAUACCACACUAGGAGGACAUUCAGUCAUUGUGCAUGCACUUGUUUUUGUCGUGACUUCUCACGACACAAAUGAAACAGAACACCGACACGAUCAAAUCUUCUUUCUGAAGUACAUUCAAGGUGAUUCUAUAAUUUAAAUUUAGACUAUAGAUACCUCUUUUAAAUCUAAGAUUAAUUGCAUAUGUGCAGAUAAGUAAGAUAAAUUAGAUGAGUACUUACAAAGUGCACACCUCAAAUUUAAAAUUUACAAAACAAGCAUUAAUACAUCUGUAAACACAACAUUGCUAUGGUUUUACACUCUCUUUGUUGAGGAGCAAAAUUUUAAUUCGAAAUGCUACUCAUCUCAUGUGCCUUUUACUGUAAACAUAGGCAAGCAUGGCAUGCAAGAGCUCUCAUUUUGGCUGGGGGGAUUGAGUUGGGACAGUUUGUGUACUUGAUGUUUUCAUUUUAGUCACCAAAAAGAGCAUAACUUUAAAAUAAAACCAAUUUAUCUGAAUUCACACAGAUAUUAUGUGGUCUACUGUCUCUGUUGUCUCAAUAAUUCAGUUAGAAUACAUAAUGAAAUGCAGGUUGUUUACAAGAAAAUGACACGUGAUGGAGCAAAGUCUAAUGUGACAAAAUUGAAUUUGAAUGGUGGGACAAAAUUCAAGCAUGUGAAAAAUUGCCUAAUAUUCAUGUAAUGCAAUGAUUGAAUAUGUUCUGAUUGGACUUUGAAUGUUGUUUUCAUGAUAAGCAAUGGAAUGUAGGUUGUUGGGUGUGUGUGUUGUGUGUAAAGGAGUGGAAAAAAAAAGUUUUUAACUUUAAAAUUUACGUGGGAACCUUUCAUAUCCUGAUAAAUCUCGACCUUAAUCAAUGAGGCUCUUGCAAAGGCCACAAACCAUUAUACUUAACAAACGAGCCCAAAAUAUCUGGUUAAUGUCAUUCUUUGUGCACAGCCCCAUUGAUCCUUGACAUCAUUCACAAGUAAACAAUACCCAAAUGCUGUGAUUGGUGCAAGAUAUCCAAAUGCUGUUAUAUGAUUGGUGCAAGAUACAUACCCUAAUGACUUCCAAUCCCCAAUUCCAUACCCUAAUGACUUCCCAAUCCCCACUGUUUGGUUGCCCUGUCAAAAAUCAUAUUUGAGUUGAUUUGCAAAUUCAUGACUUAAAUUUUAUUCCCAAGAAUCAAUCAUUAUACAUAGGGUGUCCACUUACAAGUAAGAGAAGGCAAAAGGAAAAUUCAAAUUUUCAAUUUUAAAAGUGUCUGCAUCUGUUUAUGAAAGUGUCUGCUUAAGGGAAUGUGUAAAUACGGUAUUGAAAGGGAGGCUGCUGAAGGGGGAAUUAACGAAAGUGUUGAUCCACAGUUAGAGCUGUUGGCUUAAGAGAGUGUCCAUUAUGGACUGUACUUAACUCAAGUAGCCUUAAAUCAAUCUUUUCUUUAGUGGAAAUAUCAGUAUGCUAUCUCGAGAAGUGAAUUGUUUUUUUGUUUUAUUUUCCUUUCAGAGGGAAAACAAAUGCCAACAGUGGCCACAUUCACAGCUGGUAUUGUAUAUUCAAGCAUCUUGUUAAAAGAAUUACCCUUUCACUCCCAUGAUCAAAAUAUUGAUUCUCUUCACUGUAAUCCAUAGAUUUCUUAAAAUUUUGGCUUAGACAAGUUGGUGUUAAGUUAAACAAUAUCCCCCAAAUUUUUUUCCUUUUCUUCUUGUUACAUUUUUACUUGAAAAUGUAGUAAAUAAAUUUUGUAGGGAAAAUUCAUAUUUGGUCACUCCUGGGAGUGAGGAAAUAUCUGAAAUAGUUUUGCAUUCAUUAUGACUGGUCUAGUUACAUUUUACGUGGGUCUAGUUGUCUUAUUUGGGGACCAGGCAAGAAACCCAUAUUUCCUUGUUUUGCUUGACUGAACUGAGUCAAUAAUAAGUAUUUUAAUGUAUGACCAAUCCAACAACAACAAAGAAAGAUUCUGCAAUAAAUUAAACUUUCCCAUGAUCAGUCAAUGAGUAUACAGGAAGAAUUUGUUUAACUUAGCUUCAUUAAAUGUAUCAACCAUGGCAAUGGAUAUAAAAAUGAUAUGUAUUGUGUGCUAGCUAUUUGGAAGUGACUAACUGUUUUCUCUUAUUUCCUUUUUACAGCUGGUUUUCCAGGUAAUUUUACCCCAGGAUCAGUCCAUACUGACCCAACAGGUCAUCAGAACAACAAUCAUACAACUAAAGGUACACCAUAAAGUUGAUUUCACCGCCAUAUGGGUACAAAAAGUAAAACUGUUUAAAGUCAGUUAGCAAAACACUGUAAGCAAUAAUUCAAAAUUUACCCACAUCUACUUGGGGAUGAAGUACUUAAGAAAUUUACAGCCUAUAAAAAUGACUAACUUUCUAAUGUUAACUUGCCUUCCUUUUUUUUGGAUCAAAAAUACUGUUGUUGAAAAUGAAAGUAACUAUUAACCCUUUAACUCCCAAAAUUGAUUGAGAGGUAACUUCUCCCUAAAAUAUCCAUACAAUAUCUAGCAAACAGGUUAUGAGAAUAUAUACACUUGUCACAUAGAAGUUGUUUUUCUUGAUCUAACACCAAAUUCUCUGAAUUAAUUCAGAAGGAAAUGUAUAGCAGCUAUAAGGGAGAAUUAACAAUCAGACCUUGGAAGUUAAAGGGUUAAGUGUUUACUUGAGUGUAAUUUUUAUCCCAGAAGGUCUCUCUAACUUGUUUUUUCUUGUCAUUGUCUUUUGUUAUUUUUAGGAACAGGUAGUGCAAGUAAUCAGGCUGUGCAAAUUGCUGUUCCCACUGUUUUGGUAGCUGUUCUAAUGGCUAUCUGCAUAAUUAUUGUGGUUCAGUGGUGUCGAAAACAUGCUAGAGAGAAUGCUGAAAAUUCUCGCAACACAAUGUUGGGCAAGUCAGGUGAACAGGAGGAAUUAACCUCAGUUUAACCAUUUUCUAUCAAAAGAUUAAGCUUGGGGUUACUGUGAUUUAAAAUCACAAGUAUGAUUUCUGACCAAAAUUUGAACAGCACUAAGUUCAAUUACCAUAAUGAUUGUAUUACAUCUGUUUUGAAAUUGGGACAUUCCGUUACACAAGAUAAUUUUUUUAGCCUGCACAGAUAUGUUAGUGAUCCAGUAGUAUUGAGCUGGUUUAUAAAAAGUUGCAAAAGUUGCCUCAUUUUCUAGCAAUUUGAUUGAUUCUUUAAACAAGGGUUGAAAUUUGAUUGGUUACUGUGCUUUGGUAAGGCUGUCUGUCAUGGGCUGGGAAAAAGAUGUGAUUUAGAGCAUAAAAUGGAGUAAUUUGUGAAUAAUUAACACAGGUGAGAGCCAAUCAGAUUUAAACAAACACAGGUGAUUUCAAAAUGGAUGUAAUAAAUCAAAUAAAUGUGGUAACAGUUUCAGAAUGAGUUAAUUAUGGUCAGAGUGAAUGAUUGAACUACUUUUUAUUCUUUAUUGUCACAAUAGUUGGCUGGAAUAACUUUUUGUGGACA